CGUGCCGCCACCCUGAAGCACAAACUGCGCAAAGCCAAACGGCAAGCGACCAACCAAACCAAAUCCAUGGAGGCUUGAGCUUGUCGCUCGCACGCAAAACAACAGCUGCAUUUAGCGCCGCCACACCGACGCCGCGCAUCCAUCCACCUACAAGACGGGACGCCGCAGCUUUUGCGCCUUGUACUCUCCUGCUUGUCACCUCACCUCACUUUACUCCACUUCACUGCGCUGCAGUUAACACGCUGGUGCUGCGCGCGAGCGCGCCGCGCCAGAAACGAUGCCGACGCCACCGCGGAGCCUGCUCGCGGCGGCGGUGGUGCUGAUGCUGCUCCUGCUGCUGUCGCCGGCCGGGGCGCAGGAGACGUGCUCGGGGAUCGCGCCGGCCCCGCGGCGGCGCGGGGCGUGGAUGUCCGUGGCGAGCUUCGGCGGCCGCGGGGACGGGCAGACGCUCAAUACGGCGGCGUUCGCGCGCGCUGUGGCGCGCAUCGAAAGCCGCCGCGGCGCGCGGGGCGGCACGCUGCUGUACGUGCCGCCCGGGGUGUGGCUCACGGGGCCUUUCAACCUCACCUCGCACAUGACGCUCUUCCUCGCCCGCGGAGCCGUCAUCCGCGCCACCCAGGACACGUCUAGCUGGCCGCUGGUCGACCCGUUGCCGUCGUACGGAAGAGGGCGCGAGCUGCCUGGUGGGAGAUACAUGAGCUUAAUCCACGGCAAUGGCCUCCAAGACGUCUUCAUCACAGGUGAGAAUGGCACCAUUGAUGGGCAAGGCAGCGUGUGGUGGGAUAUGUGGAAGAAGCGCACGCUGCCCUUCACAAGGCCGCACCUGCUGGAGCUCAUGUACUCCACCGAUGUGAUCGUCUCCAAUGUCGUCUUCCAGGAUUCGCCGUUCUGGAACAUCCACCCGGUUUACUGCAGCAAUGUAGUAAUAGCAAACGUGACUGUGUUGGCACCGCACGACUCCCCAAACACUGAUGGAAUCGAUCUAGAUUCAUGCAACAAUGUCUGCAUCGAGGACUCCUAUAUUUCUGCAGGAGAUGACUUGAUUUCCAUCAAGAGUGGCUGGGAUGAGUAUGGCAUUGCUUUUGGUCGUCCAAGCUCUGGCAUCACCAUCCGGAGGAUAACAGGGUCCGGCCCCUUCGCUGGCUUUGCAGUUGGAAGCGAAACCUCUGGGGGCGUGGAGAACGUCCUUGUUGAGCACCUGAAUUUGUUCAGCAUGGGCGUUGGGAUCCAUAUCAAGACCAACUCAGGAAGGGGAGGAUUCAUCCGGAACAUCACCGUCUCUGAAGUGACCCUGAAUGGAGCUCGAUACGGUUUGAGGAUUGCUGGUGACGUUGGUGGCCACCCUGAUACAUCCUACAACCCGAAUGUGCUUCCUGUUGUCCACAGUGUGACGAUUAAGAAUGUUUGGGGUCAGAACAUACGGCAAGCUGGGCUGAUAAGGGGCAUCAGGAACUCAGUUUUCAGUCGCAUAUGCCUCUCAAAUGUAAAGCUCUAUGGCAGUGCAUCUAUCGGGCCAUGGAAAUGCCGAGAUGUCAGUGGUGGUGCACUUGAUGUGCAACCAUCGCCAUGUACAGAGCUAGCUAGUACAUCUGAGACAGGUUUCUGUACAACUUAGAUCAGCUUCUCCCAAGUGAAUGUUGUUACUCUCAGUUCCGCCGCUUAGGCAUAUAAAUUUUCCUGACAAAUAGCAAUAAAGAUGUCAGCAUUGCUCUUUUUUGUUUGGUA